AUGCCUUUUGAAAAUCACGGCGUUUCAGCGACUCGACGCUCCACGGUGGCUUCAGGUUCGAACGGUGGGUUAUCCUGAAUUGACUGCGCCGAGGAUUGCGCUUUGCAAGUCGUUAUUCUGGCAUUGCAGAUGACCAAGACCUCAACAGAACUCUAGCAAGAUGAUACUGAGGAUAACAUUUGCAGCGCUUGCAAGCAUUCUCGUUACGGUGGCACACGGAAAAACAGAAGUAGGUGUUGAUAAAUCAGGGCAUGAUGUUCAACGCCCACCAGAAGAGGGCCUCGAUGUUAACUGCAAAGAAACACUGUGCUACAAGAAGUGCGCCAUGUACGGGGUCAGUGGAACCUGCACCGAAAGAGGUUGCCGGUGUUUGGCUACUGGUGUGGAUACUACAUCAGCACCAGCUGUUCGGGCACCGAAACCGAAGUUGGAAGGACUCCGAAAAAGAAAGUGCACCGAUUUAAAAUGCUGGGAGCUUUGUAGCAAAGAAAACCCGGAUGUAGUAGCUGCAAACUGCACGACAGGAGGGGAGUGCUUAUGUCAAUUUGCUCACGCGGAUCAGCAGCACCAUAGCGGAUGCACGAAAGAAAAAUGCAGGCAAGAGUGUGCCAAACAGCACCCUGAUUUCAUCAGCGCCACGUGCACCCCGGACGGAUCUUGUGCAUGUCAAUAUUCACGACUGGAUCAGCAGCACCAUAGCCGAUGCACGAAAGAAAGAUGCAGGCAAGAGUGUGCCAAACAGCACCCUGAUUUCAUCAGCGCCACGUGCACCCCAGACGGAUCUUGUGCAUGUCAAUAUUCACGACUGGAUCAGCAGCCCCAUAGCGGAUGCACGAAAGACAAAUGCAGGCAAGAGUGUGCCAAACAGCACCCUGAUUUCAUCAGCGCUACGUGUACCCCGGACGGAUCUUGUGCAUGUCAAUUUUCAGAACUGCCAAAGACAAAGUCAGGGCGGCCAAUUAACGUGACCGUAGCAGAGUGUAAACCACGCCAGUGCGCCCAACAUUGCCAAGACCGCAAGGAGCCUGGAAAAAGGGUCGUCAAGUCGGAAUGCACCACGAUAGGAGCUUGCCGUUGUGUGUACGCUGCAGGAAAGGGUGUCACUACAAGUAAUCCCGAGUACACGGAUGUGGAAUCGCAGGAUGAAGAGUGUGACCAGGAGAAGUGCCACCGUGACUGCAAACGCAAGAAUCCAGACGCAGAAGGAGGAAAAUGCCUGCCUUGGGGAAACUGCCACUGCUACUUGCGUUACAAGCCCAAACCGGUAACAAAACGGGCGAAACAGGAUGACUGCUGCAGCAAGAAAUGCAAGCGGAAGCUUACGAAAGCCGACCGAAAAAGAUGCAAGAAAGUAUUGAAAUUCUGUUCCUGUCAACGCAAUUUUAAAACUGGUGUUCAGAAUGGAUGCUGCAAGAAGUUUUGUGCUGGCAAGUACGAUGAAAUCGACAGCGAUGCUUGCGACCUCUUAAUCGGAAACUGCAUAUGCCCCAGAUCACCGGAAUAUUCUGACUACACAGAAGAGACCGGCGAAGAGUAUGAAUGCACGGACGAAGACUGUUUGGAAGAAUGUAGCUAUCAAGAUCCUGAUGUGGUCAACGCCACCUGUACGAAGCUUGGGGAAUGCGACUGCAAAUUCGGCACUAAGCCCUUAAUACCACUAACACGGGACUUUCGUCCCGGACGAUGUAAGUACGACGACUGCUGGGACUACUGCUCGCUAAGGUACACGGGCCAGUUUAAAGCAGAAUGUACCCAUGCCGGAGCCUGCAGGUGCAAAGGCGCUCGACGGCCUUUCGUAGUGCCUACAACGGAAACUACCACAACAGAAGAAUAUUCGACGGAGGAGCCACCGGACUACGGACAUGCUCCGUGGACCCCGACGCCACGGCCUCUCCUCAGCGGAAAAUGUGACUGGGUGGAAUGCGCUAAGGCGUGUCGCAAGCAACGUAAAGACUUUUUAGAUUCCCGAUGCACAAAGCGCGGGCACUGCCACUGCAAGUUCCCCGGAGAGGACAUCCCGAUUUCCUGUACCGUCGCGCAAUGUGACAGAGUAUGCAAGGCCAAAGUGCACGGAUUCAUAAGCUCAAGUUGUACGGAGCUAAAUAUGUGCAAGUGUCAUUAUAAAGAGAAAUGCGUAGAGAAGUCUUGCAACAAGCAUUGUCUGAGAAGUAGUCCAAGGCGUCUGCUUCGUUCGCGUUGCUUGGACACCUAUACUUGUCAGUGCAAGUACCAGGCCAUGUUCUAAAUAAAAGUGUGCCUUCGAUUAUUGUUAUUUACUCUGUAAUAAUAUGACAUUUUUAUGUUUCUAGCAAAAGCAAUAAAUGCCUUUGAAGAAUGCA